AGCGUCACCGUCGCCGGAAAAUUCUCUCGCAUCCGGCACCUACUCUACUCCAUCUCCACGAACUCUCCUCCCUCCAGAACACACCAAGCCCAGAUUCAUCCACCAAAAAAUCGUGGGGAAGAAGAAUCGACUUCGUUACCCUUCUCUCCGUCUUCCCACCUUCAUCUCCUCUUCUAUUGGGUGGAAUCGCUGGGUAGAAUCCUAGGUCUUUGCUUCAAUUAAUACUCUGCUUCAUCUAUUGAUUUACUCAACUUCAUCUAUUGAUUCGCAGAGAAGAAACGGGAGAAAGGGAUUUCUGUAUUUUGAUUUGAAAGAGAGGAAUGGGAUCUCGGAAAUCCAAAGGCAACGUCGAUUAUUGAUUCAGAUUCAAGCUCUAUCUCUGCCAUAGCUAGAUUCAAUUUCGGCGACAUUCCAGCUCUGGACAUGGGCUAUUCAAUUGGGGGGUUCUAAGACGUCGUCGCUUCCAUGCACUGCAGCUCACAUAUGGACGACAGAUAAAUGAGAGGAGAAGGAAGGGUUUUGUUUUUCUUUUUUUAGGGUUGGUGUCGUUGUGGGGAAGAGAAAGGAGGAGUCUUUUUGUUGUUUGUUGAUGGAGAAGAGGAAAGGAGAGGGAAAUCAAAAUACAGAAGGAAAAGUAGAGGAGUAGGAGUUCAGAUCCGGAACCAAUCCAGCGACAAAGAGGCACGGUGACCAACGGUAUUACGGCUGCGAAAUCAAGCAGCCGAAUACUACUACAUCGCCCCGCCGGAACCGUUGUCGCAGGCCGACCUCAAGCGUCGCCUUAACCGAUUCUCAGGAAAUCUCAUCACAGCCCAUUUCGAAGAACAAGAUGAGGAGGAAGAAGAAGAAGAAGAAGCAGCAUAGUGUGGUAGGGAGGAGGAGGAAAGGCGGCGGUGGUGGUUGGAGAGAUCAUCGACAUCGCAGCCGUUCAGAGAGAAGGGAAAACAACUACAGAGCCACUUCUCCGCCUCGCCUGAGCAAAGUCUCCUUCCCCUGGUUGAGGAUAUUUGCCCAAAAUGGCGGUGGUGCAUGAUUCAGAGCAAUCCGACACCCUUGAACCACUAGAUAACAACAUCAAUCAGGCUCUCCUGUUACUUGUUCGUGAGAGGAAGCUAACGGAAGCGAGGGGAAGACUUGUAGUUUGCGCUCAACCCAAAUUUGAAGGAGUUGAAAAGGAGUUUGAGAUUGGAGAUAUGGCAAACAAAUCCGCCCAAGAUGGAGAUGAAACAAGGACCAUGGGGUACUACAUGUCCCCAUGGGUGGCAGACAUCCAACUUAUCAACCGACAUCCACUCGUGGAGGUCAACAAUUUUGAGAUCAAGAAUAGUCUCAGCACCAUGAUCCAAAGCAACAUCCAGUUUCAUGGUCUUGAAAAUGAGUCACCAAGUGAACAUAUCAAUCGAUUCAUUUGUUUUCAUUCAUUGACGGCUCCCGUACUAAACACGUAUAAAACCCGUAGAACACGUUUAAUAUCUGUAUUAAAUGAAUUAAAUUAUUAACU